CCCUCAACCAUUUCGGGGGCUUUUUCGAACAAGCAAUCGUGCUGCCUAACAUACUGCACAAUUCCUCAGAUACUUGUAGUCCCAGUGUCCUACUCUUUUCUCUCGUCAGGUCUUGAGCGGCCGUAUUUUUUGUUUGCGUCCGGCCUCAGCGGUUGUCCUUCGCCUGCGCCGUCACAGGAUGUCCGCCGAAAGCGGAGAUCCUCCAGAAGUAACACUGCACCUCAACGAUAUCGACGACUUGAACUCCCAAGGAGAUGUGCAGGUGGACCCGCUGACGGGAAAGCCGCUGCCAAACGUCCCCGUCCAAAAUCGUGUGUCAACGAUGAUGACGAUGAAAAUGGAGGUUAGAGAACACCCACCACAUGCCACCAGCACCGGCCAAUCUCCACAACCACCGCGUGCAGAACAACAGCAGAUACCUCCUCAUUCCCACCUACCCCACUCUCCCCCCAUGCGAACCUCCUCCACCCUCUCCGCCGUCUCCACGACCCCAGACGUCGACACCGAGCUUAGCACCCACUACGUCCUGAAAGCACUCCGCGACAAAACAGAAGUAACCGCAGACUUCCUACCACUCCUCGCAUCCGGAAAAGCCUGCCUCUUCUUGCCUCUCGCGGCGGCUCUCAGUAGCAUCAGCGAGAGUGGUCUUUCGGUCGUAUUUUUCGAACAUCAUGUGUUUGUCAACCGCCCGGAUUAUCCAAAUCAGCUCCUGUCGCUAGGUGGGAUUCGAGCGCUUAUGAAGGGGUCUAGGUUGAUCAUCAUUGGUGACAGGCCUACGGACGAGGAGUUGCGGCGCAAGACGGUGGGAGGAGGGAACGUGUCCGUUUCCGUGUGGGACACAUUCGAUGUAGAAGCAACGACAGUCGACGACUUUCCGUCCAUCGAGCUUUUAUCCGACAUUGGCGACGCAUACCCAUUAGACGACCAUACCUCCAUCAAAGUGAUCCUCAUGAAACGGCCCAUCCUCAACGACGACCUUCAAAAUCGAGGGUCAGGGAGCCAACGACGACGGAACCAGCAACACCCGCACCGACGACCGCCCCUCCAAUCAACGCCCUCCUACAACACCACCCUCCUCACCCUCCCCUCCCUCAGCUUCGACCUUACAACCGUACCCUCCAACAUCCUCAACACCCUUCCCAAUCUCCCGAAUCUCCCCAACCUCCCCAACCUCUUCACCACCAAACCCCCCACCUCGACUGUGUCACUCACAUCCAUCCCCCAUCUGUCCACCGAUCCCACCCACCACCUCCUCCUCCAAUCCUCCACCGACCCGCGUUUCGCCCGCGUCGUCGAGGAAAUCGACCGAUACCUCGCCAUCGACGUCAAACGCGCCAUAACGGCCACCACCCCGUUCUCGUCCGACCAACUAGCCGCCCAACACGCCGCAUUUUUGAACCGGAUGCGCGCACUGUGUAGCGCCUCGCUACCCACCCUCUUUUUCCCGACAUCCCCAACGGAUACAUCACCCACAGAAACCCUCGUCCGCGCCAUCGACACCUACACCCUCACCCUCGCCCACGCGCCCCUCUACGCCUCCGUCCUCGCCGAGGAACAAACCAACGAUCUGCGCUCACACCGCAAAAUGGCCUUCCUGGCCGUCAGCGGCUUCGGGCUGCCGCAUCUGGGUCUCCCCGACGACACCAUCGACCGCGCGGCGUUGCGAGUCACGAUACGCAGGGCGGGCGUCGAGCUCCUGACCGCCGAGCGGGCCGUGACCCCCCGCGAAAAGCUGGACGCCUUCGUGAGAGCCAUCCAGGUCGUAGCGGACCGGCUGACGGCGUGCUUCAAACCCCGGGAGGAGUCGACCCGCGGAGGCGGCGCGGAUAUGCUCCUCCCCCUCCUCAUCUACAUCGUCGUGAAAACCAACCCGCCGCGCCUGCCCAGCACGCUUAAAUACAUCCAGCGCUUCUGGUUCGCCCACAGGCCGCAGGGCCACUGGGGGUACUGUGUUACGACCAUGACGGCGGUGCACACGUUCUUGGACACAAUCGACGUAUCCUCCCUCGGGCUCGACUCGGAUUCAGAUUCAGAUUCACUGGCGGUGGAUGCGGCGACGGCGGCGUAUGUCGCGUCCUUGCUCCCCACCGGCAGCGGCGCCAGCGAGGAUGUGAUUGUGUUGUCGAGUGGUGUGUUGGCGAGGGGGGUGCGGGAUGAUGCGGAUGAUGGUGGGGGAGGGAAGACGGCGGUGCGUGGUGGUGAGCCGACGGUGGACGAGACGUUGAGUCAGAGGAUAUAUGGGCUGUGGCCAUUCAGACGGGAGACCCCGGGCUCGAGGGGAGCACCGGCCGCGGUCACCCAUACACCCGUGAGUUAAUGACGAACAGAAGUAAUGGAGAUUGAGCGAAAGCAAGUAGAUACAAUGACGGUGGGGAUAGCGCGGCUAGAUAGGGGCAGUCUAGCUAGGAUGGGUGGGUAA